AUGGACUCGUAUACCGAAGAGGACGACUCACAGAACAACAACCUGAUUGUAAACUACCUACCGCCCAGUAUGACCGAAGACGAGAUCUCGAAACUGUUCAGUUCUGUUGGCGAAGUUUGUGAGUGCAAGUUGAUUCGAGAUAAAUUAAGCAAGCACAGUAUGGGCUACGCAUUCGUGAAUUUCAAGUCUCCUGAUGAUGCCAAGAAAGCAAUUGGAACACUAGACAAGUUGAGACUACAAGAUAAAACCAUUAAAGUGAGCUACGCGAGACCCUCGUCUUCUGAUAUCAAGAAUGCCAACUUGUAUGUGAGUGGCUUGCCCGAAACGAUGUCUAUAGACGAACUCGAAGCGAUGUUUAGCAGUUUUGGUGUGAUUAUAACAUCAAAAAUCCUCACUCAUCCGGACGGUAAAAGUCGUGGGGCGGGUUUUAUUCGUUUUGAUAAGCAUACUCAAGCUGAAAUUGCCAUAAGAAAUCUAAACGGUACGAUUCCUGAAGGCGCUCUAAAGCAAAUCACGGUUAAAUUUGCUAACCCGCCACAUUUCAACAAACAAAAGCGAAUGCCUGAAAGUCAGUUGACGAGUCCCAAUGGUGAUAAUGCUAUGGUCAAUGGUCGAGGUCGAGGCUAUGGUAAUAGUAAUGUUGGUCCAGUGUUUCCACAAGGAACUAGCUAUAGAUAUUCCCCUAUGAAUCCUGUUCCCAGCGCACCCAUGUCUAUGAGUAUGGCAUCAACCAAUCACAGUACCUCGUUCAAUGGUACAACAUGGUGCAUUUUUGUGUAUAACUUACCCCCGGACUCGGAUGAGAAAAUUCUGUACGAGCUGUUUGCACCUUAUGGUGCGAUCCUUAAUACCAAGGUUGUCCGAGAUCCAGAGGGAAAACCGAAAGGGUUUGGGUUUGUAAACAUGCCUGAUUAUCAAGCAGCUUUCACAGCCAUUUGUGGUUUGAAUGGCAAGCCAAUGCCGCAUGGAAAAACACUCCAAGUUUCCUUUAAAGCACCAAGGAAUAAGUAA